UGAACAGACCAGGUUGAGCAGGGGAAUGGGCAGCAUUGACAGAGACCUGCUUUUAACCCUCUAGGUGACUCUGGGCAGGCCCCUGGCUUUCUCUGGUUGUCAGUCUCAGUGUUGAGUGGUGGAAGCUCAACACUGUUGGUCUAAGUAAAGACAGGUAAUCUGUUGACUGAAAAGUUCAGAGAGGGUCAUCUUCAGGCAUGGCUGGAUCCAGGUCUUCAAACAAUGCCUUUGGGAAUCUGUCUUCAUCCCCUAGUUUUGUGCUCCUCUGUGAUGGCUUUACUCUCAUGCUGGGAAAGGUGAGUCCCAGAAGCUCAGUCCCCAUGGAAAAGUGAGCUCAUUGCCCACAGAUCCAGAAAAAGUCUCAGGAUUCCUUUACAAUGGCCAGGCCUGGGUCCCAGGGACCAAUUUCUUAUCUAACCACUUCAACUUGAUUGAAUCAGAUUCAACUUGAGGCUGAGGGUCCCAUGCACUACUCUGGAGCAGAGGUUGGGGUGGCAUGGCCUCCCUCCUAACUAGUUGGGCAGAGAGUGGAGCAGGCAUGGGGUGCUGAUUUCAGGAGCAGCGGGUGGAGGUUGGACAGGCUGAUAGCACAGAUGUUGAUCCGCCAGCAUCCUUGUGAGGUGGGCAUUCCCUGGGUGAGGAGACUGAGGCCUGGGGGCACAGUGGCUUCCCCAGGCCACACCACAUGCUGCAGCUUCCCCCUCGCUCUGUGCGCUCUCCGCCGCCCUGGCGGCCUCUGAUAGGAGGUGCUUCUAGCUGGAGGAGACCUGAGGUGGGGAUAUGACCAGAGUGCUGUGGGGAAGCUCCUCCAGACCUCAGCUUGGUCGGCUGUAUCUGGGUGGCCUGGGGGGUGGUCUAGAGGCUGGAGGGGACAAGCGUAGCUCUUCAGGGAGGGUGGAGCUCAGCAUCCGAGCGGGUAGCCUCCUCAGGUCUCUUUGAGAAUAGAGGAGUCCCUGACCCCAAGUGUUUAAUGUCGGGUGUAGGGUGGAGGAGGGCCCUGGAGAAGUCUAGGUCAUACCUGGGCCAUGUCUGCAACAUUAAUGGGACCUUAUUUUGGUCCUAUCUGGGGUCCUUCUGUGGGACACAUUGAGGUCACAUCAGACUGUCACAGGCUCAUGUCAGAGGAUGUUGUGUCACGUCAGGACAUAUUAACCUAUGUCGGGGCCACGUCAGAUGUCCCAGGAUGUUAGAGAGGGCUGGGGCAGGCACAGUGUCCUGGCCCCCAUUAAGGUGUUUGUUGAGUGCUGGCCUGAGCUCGGGGGUUUAGGACGUGUUGGACCACGUAGGGGCCGUGUCAGGUGGCGCAGGGUGUGCUCUGCCACGCGAGGGUGUGUCCGAGCCUGGAGGGUGUGUCUGCGGGCUCUGCCUUUGCUCUGCUCUGUGCUGAAGCCUGGUCUGCACCCUGCUCGCCUCCCCCUCCUUCCUGUUUCCUCUGCUCUUGGCCCCAUUCCUGCUGUGCUGGGCGUGCAGUGGUGGGAUGCCAACCCCUGGCUGGGGGACGGGCUCCUGCUGAGUGGUGGGGACAAGUGGAGUAGACACCGCCGCCUGCUGACACCCGCCUUCCACUUUGAUAUCUUGAAGCCUUAUAUGAAGACUUUCAGCAAGAGCACGGACAUCAUGCAUGCCAAGUGGAACCGCCUCAUCUCUGAGGGCAGCUCCCGUCUGGACAUGUUUGAGCACAUCAGCCUCAUGACCCUGGACAGUCUGCAGAAAUGCGUCUUCAGUUUUGAUAGCAAUUGCCAGGAGCAUCCCAGUGAAUAUAUUGCUGCCAUCCUGGAGCUCAGCGCCUUUGUGACCAAACGGCACAGGCAGAUCUUCCUGCACAUGGACUUCCUCUACUACCUCACCCCCAAUGGGUGGCGCUUCCGCAAGGCUUGUGACCUGGUGCACGGAUUCACAGAUGCUGUCAUCCAGAAGCGGCGCCGCAACCUCUUUAGUCAGGGUUCCCACGAGUCCCUCCAGGGCAAGGCUAAGGCCAAGACUUUGGACUUCAUUGAUGUGCUCCUACUGGCCAAGGAUGAAGAUGGGAAGGAAUUGUCAGACGAGGACAUCCGAGCUGAAGCUGACACCUUUAUGUUUGAGGGCCAUGACACCACGGCCAGCGGCCUCUCCUGGGUCCUGUACAACCUUGCGAAGCACCCCGAGUACCAGGAGCGCUGCCGCCAGGAGGUGCAAGAGCUCCUGAGGGACCGUGAGCCUAAGGAGAUGGCAUGGGACGACCUGGCCCAGUUGCCCUUCCUGACCAUGUGCAUCAAGGAGAGUCUGCGCCUGCACCCCCCCGUCACGGGCAUCUCCCGCUGCUGUACCCAGGACCUGGUGCUCCCAGACGGCCGAGUCAUCCCCAAAGGGAAUGUUUGUAUCAUUAGCAUCUUCGGGAUUCAUCACAACCCGUCAGUCUGGACAGACCCUGAGGUAUACAACCCCUACCGCUUCGACCCAGAAACCCCGCAGAAGAGGUCAUCUCUGGCUUUUAUUCCCUUCUCGGCGGGGCCCAGGAACUGUAUCGGGCAGACGUUUGCCAUGGCCGAGAUGAAGGUGGUCCUGGCGCUCACGCUGCUGCGCUUCCGCGUCCUGCCUGAUGACCAGGAGCCGCGCAGGAAGCCGGAGCUCAUCCUGCGCGCGGAGGGCGGGCUGUGGCUGCGGGUGGAGCCGCUGAGCGGGGGCGCGCAGUGACGCCCACUGCCCGGCCCGUGUGGGUCAGUGUGACCCUAAACACUCCUCAGUCUGCGGAUUCCCAGGAAUAAAAAACUGUGCUGUCACGUCCGCUCUAGCCUAUCCCAGAGCCAGCAGGAACGCUUGCGACCUGCAGAGGGGUCAGGGGGUGGGCGGGCUGGUGUCUCUGAGCCUCAGCAGCUGACCACAAGCCCCCCACGCCGACCUGAGGUCUCCCGGAGCCCAGCAUGGAUUUCAUCCUGUGGGCAAUAGGGAGCCAUGGGAGGUGUUUGGGCGGGAGAGGGACCAGGGCUAAGGACGGACUUAAGGGACACAUUUGAGGCUCUGAGUCACACUCUAGCCACCCUGACCUCCGUUCCAAUCUUGUAAUAUACCCAGUGUUUUCCCACCCCUGAGUCCUUCACUGUUUCUCUGGUUACUGCAUCACUGUGUGGACUUAAACAUAAGCCUGGUUGCUUUAUA